AGAGCAAGGAUCACUCGGAUCUCGGCACCUUUUUCAGAACAGAAACGAUCGAAAGGAUAAAAAUCAGAAGACCGAUAAUGUUUACAAUCGCGCUGAGAGAAUACAGAUCGGAGGACCGUCCGUCAGCGACGUAAACGGCGUUCGAGGUCGACUAAGAGUGGCGUUAAUCCCGUGCCUGAUAAGAGCGUAAUCUCUGAGAUCAGUAAGAAUGACAAGACACGCAAAGCGAGUGAAAAGACGGGGGACCGAAGCCCCAACCGGGACUUGAUAUCCUGCAGACAAAGGACACAGGACUUGGCGUCCUCCUCGCAUCUCGGGGUGCAAGAUGAACGAAAGCGAUAUUUUUUACCUGCUCGGUUCGGAAGGUGGCGAAACGAGCAGCGGCGGUACUGACGUGAACAAGACUUACUACAACGCGUCUAACGCGUUACGGAACGAGACGGGUUACGACGACCUCUGGAACCUGGCUUCGGACAGGGCAGGCUUGGCCAUAGUGCUCAUCCUCUUCUCCGUCGCGACGGUCUUCGGAAACAUGCUGGUCAUCCUGGCCGUGGUCAGAGAGCGGUACCUUCAUACGGCGACGAACUACUUCGUGACUUCGUUGGCCUUCGCCGACUGCCUUGUGGGCUUGGUCGUGAUGCCGUUCAGCGCGAUUUACGAGGUCCUGGAGAACAAGUGGCUUUUCACAACGGACUGGUGCGACGUCUGGCGGUCCCUCGACGUCCUCUUCUCCACCGCUUCGAUUCUCAACCUGUGCGUGAUCAGCCUCGACCGAUACUGGGCCAUCACCGACCCCUUCACCUACCCCAUGAGGAUGAGCCGGAAGCGAGCCGCCAUCCUCAUCGCCAUUGUCUGGGUCUGCUCGAGCGCGAUUUCCUUCCCAGCGAUCGCUUGGUGGAGAGCCGUUCGCACGGAGAAGGUGCCCGACGACAAAUGCCCCUUCACCGAGCACCUCGGAUACCUCAUAUUCUCCUCGACCAUAUCCUUUUAUCUGCCUCUCUUCGUCAUGGUCUUCACCUACUACAGGAUAUACCGCGCGGCCGUCAUACAGACGCGCAGUCUGAAGCUCGGCACCAAGCAGGUCAUGAUGGCCUCCGGCGAGCUCGAACUCACCCUCAGGAUACACCGUGGCGGCGCCACGAACACCGACGCUCGACACCUCUUCAGGACAGCCUCGAGCACUCCGGAGGACCUUCAGGACCUCGAGGAACCCCUGACCGCCCUCCACAACAACGGGCUCAGCAGGCUGCCGUCGACGAGAAUCAACAACAAGCAACACCUUGGAAAGAACUUCUCGCUUUCACGGAAAUUGGCCAAGUUUGCGAAGGAGAAAAAGGCCGCGAAGACACUCGGUAUUGUGAUGGGUGUGUUCAUAGUGUGUUGGCUUCCCUUUUUCGUUGUGAACUUGUGGUCCGGGUUCUGCUCGAGGUGUAUUUGGCAGGAGGAAAUCGUUUCCGCCGCCGUUACGUGGCUUGGAUGGAUUAACAGCGGCAUGAAUCCCGUCAUAUACGCUUGCUGGAGUCGUGACUUCCGGAGGUGA